GAGAGUGUCAUUCUGCCGACUGCGUCUGAGCGGAGCGGCCGGCAUAUCGGGGCGAUGAAGCGGAUUUUUGCCGUUACCUGCUUACUGGCAGUCGUGUUCGCUUACUACGUAUACACCCCUCUGCCCAGUACUAUUUCAGAUCCAUGGAAACUGAUGCUUCUGGACGCUGCGUUUCGGGGUGUCAUGGGAUUGGGAAACCUGGUUCACGGCCUGGGUCUGAUCCACCAUGUCCGAGUGCUGAACUUCGCAGUGAAUCAGUUCGAGCUGCAGGGCCCCUGGUCCAGCGAGGCGGUUCGGGUGCGGGACACCUCCUUCAGCGGGGUGCAGGUGCGCCUCUUUGAGCCCACCCAGGGGGAGUCGGGCCAGCUGAAGAGGGCUGUGGUCUACCUGCAUGGGGGCGGCUGGGCCUUGGGAAGCGCCAGGAUGCGAUCCUAUGACUUCCUGUGCAGGAGAAUGGCGGAGGAGCUUAACGCGGUCAUUGUGUCGGUGGACUACCGGCUGGCCCCCGAUGCACACUUCCCCCAGCAGUACGAUGACGCCCUCCUGGCUGCCCGGCACUUCCUGAACCCUGAGGUUCUGGCCCGGUUCUCUGUGGAUCCGGACCGGGUUGCGGUAUCGGGGGACAGCGCCGGGGGUAACCUGGCUGCAGCGGUGGCCCAGCAAGUCUCAGUGGACAGCAGUGCCUCGGUCAGAUUCAAGCUACAGGCCCUGAUCUACCCGGUACUGCAGGCCCUGGACUUCAACACGCCCUCGUACCAGCAGAACCGGGACGUGCCCAUUCUGUACCGCCCGCUCAUGGCCCGCUUCUGGCUGGAAUACCUGGAUGGGGACCCCAGCUUCGUCCAGCCCAUGCUGGCCAACAACCACAGCGCUUUGGACCUGACUCGGGCGGCGGCGGGCCGCGAGAAGCUCAACUGGACCCGGCUGCUGCCGCCCGCCUUCAAGCGGGGCUACCGGCCGGUGGCGCCGGCGCGCGGGACGGCCCGCAUCAUUGAGGAGGUCCCGGCGCUGCUGGACGCCCGGGCGGCGCCGCUGCUGGCGGAGCGGGAGGUGCUGGGCCACUCGCCCCGGGCGUACGUGCUGACCUGCGAGCACGAUGUCCUACGCGAUGACGGCGCCAUGUACGCCCGCCGCCUGCAGGAGGCCGGCGUGCCCGUCACCCACGAUCACUACGCCGACGGUUUCCACGGCUGCAUGAUCUUCGCUUUCUGGCCCACCUACUUCUCCGUGGGCGAGAGGACGGUGGCGGGCUACAUCCGCUGGCUGGACCAGAACCUGUAGAGCCGUGCGCACGCACCCUGAAGCUGCAGCUUCUUUUAGAUUUAUUUUCAACAGGCAGUGGAGCCUUUUUAGACUCCUGACGCAAUGCA